UAUUAUAUAAAAUAGAGUCGUUAAAAUGAGGUCUUACGACAUCCGACUGCUUUCUUAAAACGGUAUCGAAUUUAAAUAAAGAAAUAUAAAUAAAAGUAUACUAUGAAUUCGCGAAAUGCUGCCAAUUUUAUACAUAGUUUCUCUACUGAUACCUUACCCUUCGGUUCAGCAUUUCAUUUGGCCGCUUCACUGGUGCCUGUUGGCAGACAUCUGUAAUCACACGUAUAUACCUGAAUGCGCAACAGAUAAUGAAAAGGACAUGUACAGUAGACGGCUGUUUAUAGACGAAUGUGAUCUUUACGAAUAUAACUGUGAUUACGAAACAGAUUACUAUCCUAUAAACUAUUCCGACUGCUUCAACAUACCACCUAAGCCUUGCCCACCCCAAGUAUCGUGUCCGUCUAUCCCUACAUGUCCAGAUCAUAGAAAACAUAUCAUGGGAAAGAUCAACUCACCAACAAAAAAAUUAAGAAGGGCUUUCUAUCAGUUCACCACCCAAUACCCACUGCCUGCACGUAUGCUGAGAGGCAGAAGGCGUUAUUCACCAACUUGGAGAAAGAAAAAAAGAAAAACAACCCGCCCGAUGACGAAAGCAAGUACGGUCAGGAAGACGUUCAAGAAAACCCCGCCCACGACAACCAGAACGAAAAUAAUAAAGAAAAUUACAGUUAGGAAAAAUGGUAAAGUACUUUUAAAGGUUGUGAAGGCGGUUGUUAGAAAGAAUACCGAAAAGAAAAAGAAAAAAGAUUCAGAUUUCUUAGAGUAACAGAAGGUUUGUCAAAAAAAUUUAAGAAUUUAUUAUGAUAAUGUUAUUUAUGUGAAUAUACCUUAGAAUAAUUUACACUUUAUAUUAUGAAUAAUUUAAAAGAA